UCAGUUAGUCGUCGCUGCCUUCACCUAUACCGCUGCCGUCGCAUACCAUAUUCAACCGGCACGCUACUCAAUCUGCGUGCCAUCAGCUGGUCGGCGGUUAUCAGCAUAUCAGUCGUUGUGGAAGCUUAGUCCAGCGCAGUUCUGUCAAAGCUGUCCAAAAGUAAUCGAUCAACGUGCAGCUAGCGUACAAGCUAUUUACAAAAGCAGCAACAAAAAUCACACUAUAGAAGCCAAUCAGUCGUUCGGCCUGUCUGUCAAAUCGUCCGCCUUCGUUGCGGGUACACACACGCACACAUGCAAAUGCAUACAUAAAUGGAAGUGCGCGCGUGAGUAACCAACCACCACAACUCAGCCUCCAAUUGUGCAGCAACAACAUCGGAUUGUCGUGCUCACUCGCUCUCACACAUUUAGGGUCGACGUUUACGUUAUGCGUGCUCGCCUUGUGAGUGAGAGUGCAGGAACUGGCCUGCUUGCUUGGCAGCCUGUUUGACAGGCUUAACAGUUCAAUCUGUAUGACUGACUAUGACUGUCGCUCAGCGUUGUUGAAGUCGUCAUCGUUUGCUGGAGUUGUCGCUUCAUUGGGACGAUAAGCAACUGUGAUUAGUUAAUUUACUCGUUGCGUUCGCCGUGAACAGACGUGUGCGUCGUAGUCGUGUGUUUGGAGAGCAUGUACAAAGAAGUAAAGAAGAAGACGAAGAAGCAAUACAAAUAAGAAAAAAAUAAACGUGUUUUCUUCUUUAGCCAACAAACAAGUGUUCGAGUAGAAGCAAAUUGAACUUCAAUGAAAACGUGAACGCCUACGGAUUUGCGUGAAGCGAAAAAAAGAAAACCAAAAACAAGUGUUUGAAGUGAUAAGUGUUUGAAGUAAAAGCACAGGGAAAUUAACAAUUCUAUAAAUAAAUUAAAGCCAUUUUCAAUUAAGCAAAUUUACAAAUCGUUAUCUUAUGGCAGUGUGACAAUUUUUAAAACUUAACAAUAUAUGAAAUUCAACUAUUUGAAAUUCCAAUAGUGUUUUAUCGGUGAGAAAUUUUUGAAAUUGCAUUUGCGUCCGCGCCACGUCAACGCACGUGCAUCAUCCAAAAUUGCCACGGAACUACCAAUGGCCCUAGAGGAUCGCUGCAGUCCGCAAUCUGCUCCAAGUCCGCCUGGUAUACCACAAUCGCCGCACCAUCACCGCCAGAACCAGCAACACCAACAACAAUCACAACAUUUACAAUACACUCCUACUGCCAGCACAGUUCUGGAUAUGAGCCUGCACCCACAUCCGCCACCGCCACCACUACCACAUGUUAUAGCCGCCCCCGCAACGUCCACAAUGCUGCCACACCCCGUGAAUACGGUCGCUACAAAUGCAGCUACCGCUGCCACACUCUACCAUCAACAUCAGCAGCUCCAACAUUUGCAUCAUUUGCAACAACUGCAGCAGCUGCACCAGCAACAACUGGUGAAUGCCGCCGCCUUUCAUCAUCAUCCUGGUUUUGAUGCUGCUGCAGCAACUGCUUUAGCCGCAGCCAAUCAUGCCGCCUCAUUGCAUCAGCGUUUGGCUGCCUCACCAAGUGGCUCCUCUACACCCUCAUCUACACCUGCCUCCACAAUGACCAUCAAGGAAGAGGAAAGUGAUUCGAUUAUAGAAGAUAACUUUCAUGCGGAUGCCGAAAUGGCGACACUUAAUAGCAAAGCUCAAACGCGCGUACACUCCACAGAAGACGACGAGGCGGAGGAGGAUGAAGAGGACGAUAUCGAUGUGGAUGAUGUGGACGAUACUCCAAACAGCGCUUGUCAACGUACGCCACCACCCGCACAUCAACAAUCCGCUAAGCCAACACUCGCCUUUUCCAUUUCCAAUAUACUCAGCGAUCGCUUUGGCGGCAAUGAGGCGAGUGGCCGCGGGGCCAAUAGUGCUGCUACCACAGCGGCGAGCAAACAAACGCAUUUGAAUGCGAAUAGUAUUUUCCGGCCCUUUGAUGCCGCACGCUCUGCCACACCCUCCGCCUUUACGCGCGUCGAUCUCUUAGAGCUGAGUCGACAGCAGCAAGCCGCUGCGGCCGCCGCCACUGCUAUGAUGCUGGAGCGCGCCAACUUCUUGAACUGUUUCAAUCCCGCAGCAUAUCCACGCAUACAUGAGGAGAUUGUCAACAGUCGCAUGCGUCGCAGUGGCGUCCUACCGCCGGCUGCGGCAAAAUGUAACGAGUCUGGGACUCCAUUAGUAACCGCAAUCUCGCCAGCAGCCGUCGGCAGUGUAGGCGCAUUGGAGAAGUCCGCUUUGGGUUCGCUUUGUAAGGCAGUCUCACAAAUUGGCCAGUCUGUAGCGGCACCACCAUGUUCAAGCACUUCCUCGGCGGCAAGUGCAUCAAGCAUCGCCAGUCCACCACCCGGUUCCAGUGCGUCGAGCGCAUCUUCUUCGGCAUCAUCGUCGACAUCGGCGGGUAGUUCAUUAAAUUCUUCGCCCACCAGCCGCCUGCCCAGUAAGAGUAGUAGUCCACAACCCAUACCGCCGCCCUCGGCCGUCAGCCGUGACUCGGGCAUGGAGUCGUCCGAUGAUACACGCUCUGAAACCGGCUCUACGACAACGGAAGGUGGCAAAAAUGAAGUGUGGCCGGCGUGGGUGUAUUGCACGCGCUACAGUGAUCGACCAAGUUCGGGUCCACGCUAUCGCCGCCCCAAGCAGCCGAAAGACAAAAAUAAUGACGAGAAACGGCCGCGCACAGCAUUUUCCAGUGAACAGUUGGCGCGUUUGAAGCGCGAAUUUAACGAGAAUCGUUAUCUUACCGAACGUCGUCGCCAACAAUUGAGUUCGGAGUUGGGUCUGAAUGAGGCGCAAAUCAAGAUUUGGUUCCAGAAUAAACGCGCUAAAAUUAAGAAAUCUUCAGGUUCUAAAAACCCGCUCGCCUUGCAAUUGAUGGCACAGGGCCUGUACAAUCACACAACAGUGCCGCUGACCAAAGAGGAGGAGGAGCUGGAGAUGCGUAUGAAUGGGCAGAUACCAUAAGAUGCUCUGGGUGAGCAAGAGUUGAGUUGAAGAAGAAAGGCGGAAGGAGAAUGAUUCGUAUGCUUUGAGCAGCGGAUGUGACGACGCGUGCAAUAAUUAGUGGUGGGAGGGGCAACUGACCGGCAAUCAGGAAAUUCAGUUGUGAAGUCGUGAGGCGUUAAUAGAAAAUAAUGUAAAAUUUCAAAAAAAUAAUUUAAAAUAAAAUAAGCAGCAAAGGAAAAGUUUGUUAUGUGAUAUAAAUAUAUAAAGAGAAAACAAACGCGAAUAAAAGAACGUUAAAGAGAAAUAAUAAUAAAUAAAAAUGUAAAUUCAAGUAGCAAAUUAAAAACACAAAGCAAAUACAACAAACAAAAAAAAAAACAAUAAUUCUUGCAGCAAUUGUAAAUAUUA